UGUAGUACUAUACAAUAAUGCGAGUGAGAGGUAAAUUGAGAUGGAUAGAAACGAGGUAAAUUGGGAUAAACUUAAAGUUGGUAUAAUUUCUGUAACUUCACCUCUCAAUCACAACCAAUAAUUAAAUUUCAUUCACGGCGGCGGAUUCCGGUAAUUAAAAUGGGAUACCUCAGGAAGCUCUAAUUAAACGGGAAGAUAGCGGUGGAGGAUGGCGAUGAUCGAGAUGGAAGAAGGUUCACAAAACAGUGAGCAAUUGCUUGAGGAUGAAGGUGAUGAUCUUGAAUUUGAUAGUAACAGUCUAGAGAUCGAGGGAAAUGGUAUUGAGAUUGACAAAAAUGGCCUUGAGAAUGAGGGGAAUGGCUUUGACAUUGAAGAUAACGACCUUGGCAUUGACAGCCAGGAUCUUGAAACUGAGGGCAAUGAGGUUGAGAGUAAUUGUGGCCAUAUGCCUGAUAUUGAAAACCAUGUUCAGGAUAACAAUCUGGAUGAUACCGUUUUUGUAGAUGUUCGAAAUGGUGAAUCUCAAAGAAACGAGUAUCCUCCACCUGUAGUAGGAAUGGAGUUUGAAUCAUAUGAUGAUGCUUACAAUUAUUAUAAUUGUUAUGCGAAGGAGUUGGGAUUUGCCGUGAGGGUGAAAUCUUCAUGGACAAAACGUAACAGCAAGGAGAAACGUGGGGCAGUGCUUUGUUGCAACUGCGAGGGUUUUAAAACAAUGAAAGAAGCAAAUAGUCGGAGAAAGGAAACAAGAACCGGUUGUCUAGCAAUGGUAAGGUUGAGGUUGGUGGAAUCUAAUAGAUGGAGGGUUGAUGAAGUUAAGCUUGAGCACAAUCACUCAUUUGAUCCUGAAAGAGCACAAAAUUCCAAGUCACACAAGAAAAUGGAUUAUGGGUCUAAAAGAAAAGUAGAACCAGCAGUUGAUGUUGAGGUACGGACAAUCAAGUUAUAUCGGACAGCUGCUGCUGAUCCACUUGGCUAUGGAAGCUCAAACUCAAAUGAAGGGGAGAGCAGCCACCGUGUUGAAAGGUCCAAGCGUUUGAAGCUUAAAAAAGGAGAUGCACAGAUUAUUUAUGAUUAUUUUUCUCGUGUUCAGCUAACAAAUCCAAACUUUUUCUACUUGAUGGAUCUUACUGAUGAGGGCUUUCUGAAAAAUGUUUUCUGGAUUGAUUCUAGGUCAAGGGCUGCAUAUGCUCACUUUGGAGAUGUGGUUAUAUUUGACACAACAUGUUUAUCAAACAAAUAUGAAAUUCCGCUUUUUGCAUUUGUUGGAAUAAAUCACCAUUGUCAGCUUGUUCUUCUUGGCUGUGGUUUGCUUGCAGAUGAGUCCUUUGAGACAUAUACCUGGUUAUUCAGGGCGUGGCUUACCUGCAUGUUAGGUCGUCCUCCACAAACUAUCAUUACCGACCAAUGCAAGCUCAUGCAAAGUGCAAUUGCGGAGGUGUUUCCAAGGUCUAAUCAUCGUCUUUGUUUGUCACGUGUUGUACAAAGGAUUCUUGAGAAUUCGGGAGCAUCGCGGGACUAUGAAGCCUUUCAGACAGCGCUGAAUACGAUAGUCUACGACUCCCUAAAGGUGGAUGAAUUUGAAAUGGCUUGGGAAAGCAUGAUCCAGCGUUUUGGAAUUGCAGAUGAUGAGCUGCUUCCAGCUUUUUAUGAAGAUCGCGAACGGUGGGCACCAGCUUACUCCAGGGACAUUUUUUUUGCUGGCAUGUCCAGUUUCCAAAGAGGUGAGGUUAUGGUCCCAUUUUUCGAUGGUUAUGUGCAUCAUCAAACUUCUUUGAGAGAGUUUUUUGACAUAUACGAAUCAGUAUUACAAAAGAAACAUCAGAAGGAAGCCCUCGACGACGUUGAAUCGAGAGAUUCAAGUCCAGAAUUGAGAACAAGCAGUUUUUAUGAGUUACAGCUCUCUAAACUAUACACAAAUGAAAUUCUUAGGAAAUUUCAAGAUGAGGCGGUGCUGAUGUCCGCUUGUUGUGGCAUCACACAGGUUCCGUCCACCGCGUCAGUAGUUACUUAUAUGAUCAAAGAAGGUCAUGGUGAAGAAAAUACAAACGAUAAUCGGAAUUUCGAAGUGCAGUACGACAAGGCAGGAGGAGAAGUUCGGUGCAUUUGUGGUUGUUUCAACUUUAAAGGUUAUCUGUGCCGACACGCACUAUGUAUUCUGCACUACAACGGGGUGGAGGAAAUUCCUUACCAGUAUAUUCUGGCACGGUGGAGGAAGGAUUUUAAACGUUUUUAUAUACCGGAUCUCGGAUCUAACAAUGUUGACAUUGCGAACCCGGUUCAGUGGUUUGAUCAUUUAUACAAACGAGCAAUGCAAGUUGUUGAGGAAGGGAUGAUCUCUCAAGAUCAUUAUAUGGUUGCUUGGCAAGCUUUUAAAGAAUCUUUAAAUAAGGUUCGUCUUGUUGCAGACAAGCAUGUAUAGAUUUUAGGCCUAAUGUCUUAAAAAACCCCGACCUUUUAGCCCCUUUUCAAUCAUACCCUGACGUUGCAAAUUUGUCAAUUUUACCCUAUUUUGCAUUUUUGUGUUUCAAUUGUACCCUGAAAAAUUAAAUUAACGUAUUUUGCGUUUGGAAAUUUGAUUAAAACAUUCUACA